UGCAGUGCAGAAUGAGCUAUUUCUCUGAGUCAUCGAUCCGUACCAUAAAGAGCUGAUUGAUUACCGCUCGAGCUGCUGAUCACCGACUUGUACUUUCCUUUCCUUCGCUACAGCGGCUCUGCCCUGUGGUGACGUCACCGGUCCCCAGUAUAACUCCACUGGCGGAGCAAUGUGAUGCUUCACACCACAGCUGCUGUCGAGGGAGUAACACGAUGUCUCAACGUGGAGACACGAUGGACAGACCCCCUGUGGAGAGACCACAGACCUCAGACAACAGACAGACACACAGACUGUAUCCAUCACUGCCGAGCACAGACAGGUACCAGGUGUGUGCGGCGGCGGAUCCCUCCAGAGGAGGAAGGCAUCCCGACAGUCGCAUUCAGUCAGACAGUGACGUCCGAAUGGAGGCGCAGAUUCACCUCUUGGAGGAGCAAAGGCAGGAGCUUCUUUCUAUUAAUGAGAAAUGGGCAAAAGAGUACCGCACCAUGGCACGGUACUACAAAGAGAGGGUCCAGGGUUUAAAAGCAUCUCUGCAACGUAUUCACACAGAGGAGGAGGAGGGAGGAAUAAACGCCGCGUUAUGCAAGAAGGUCGCCAAAGAUCAAAACGGAGACCAGUUGCUGAAAGUAGAAAAAGAGGCGGAGGAGCUGCGAGCGCGAACCGGCACUUUGACGCGGAGAGGGCGGCAUCAGCGCGAGGAGAUCAGACGGCUGAACAGGGCCCUCGAGGUGGCCCUUCAGGCCCCCCGGCCCCUCGGCGUGAGCGCGGACACGCUGCAGGAUGUCUGGAAGCAUCAGGCAGAAGUCUACAAGGAGGACUUUCUGAAGGAGCGCAGCGACAGGGUGAAGCUAAAGGAGAAGUACCUGGAACAAGAGAAGAAGUUCAGAAAAGUUCAAUCUCAGCUGUUGUGGACGCCGCCGCCGCGACCGACGCUCAAGGCCCAGGCCGCGUGUGCACGCUGCGAGGCGGUCCGCCGCGUCGAGCCGUGACCACCGACGGCGUCCUCGCUCGUUUUUUCGUGCGCCCUGCACGAUGUAAUGCCUCCCCGAUCACAGAUCGCCAUGAGUGAGCUCGGCGAGUUUGGCUUCGGGUACUUUUUUUCCCGUCUCGGUCGUAACGAGGGGUCAAUCCACAAGCCCUCGGGACGCGUCAAAAGAUACUUUAAAAACAGCACGUGAAGAAGAACUGUGAGCGAACGCGCUCGGUGCAAUAAAAUUUAAAAAAAGAGGAUGCAAGAGAAAGCAGAACGUCGUUAGUCUGGUACCGCUGUGCGCGGGAGGAGGAGGAAGAAACUCGCCGCCAAGCACCUCCGUGGUGUGCCGACGCUUUGGGAAGAGGAAGAACGAGCGGCGCGGCGCCGGGUGUCUCUGUGAAAGCGUCCAGUCAGCGUUACCUCGUUCACACCCGAAGGCCUCCGGGGAAAGAUCGAGGUCGUGGGAGAAGACAAAGAAUAUUUAUGUUUUUGUUUUUGACCUGUUUCCUGUUAAUUAUUCAUGAAAAUAAAGCCUUGAACGAGU